UAGCAACAAUCACCUAGCCGUCACCAUUUAAGUCUUUUCUCUUGGAAAACCGAAAGAUUUAUAUUUGGACUUUCUUCUUAUGAGACAUGAAUGUGAUCUUAAUGUCGCUUGUCGGAAUACAUUUCCUCAUGAGACUUCUGCUUGGAGCAUUUGUGUCGCUUCGGGCCGUUAACGGCUCAUUACUGCCCUCUGCUGUCUACAGGAGGGGAGCAUCCACCGACCGCACCGACUGUCUGUUUGGUGAAUUUCCUCUAAAGUUAACUGCAAGUACUUUAACAAACGUCGACCAACGACUAAGAUGGACUUCAUCAUACAGGAAGCUCCACGCUGGGGCCUGUGCACCCUGCUGCACCACCAACUCCUGCUGAGGGCUGACUGGGUCUCUUCACAGCACCAGUCAAUAAGCAGGAGAUACCCACAGUGACAAACCAUCAUUCUUUCCUUAUUUCAGUUGACGAUCCAGAUAUUCCCGCCUUUUCUUUUCAACUCAAUCACCUUGUGGUUCCCUCCACAGAGGUAGAAAAACUGUGGGUGGGCCUUCAGUGCCUCAGGAUCUCAGCUUUGUUGGAUGCCUGCAUACACAACAUGACAGUGGGGCAGUCGAGAGAAAACAAAAUGUACACCUGCGUCUAGAAUGGUCUCUUCCACUAUUCUGCAAGCCUCCCCUGAAUGAGUCAUCCUGCUGGCUCCUCAUUGGAUAAGACCAUGCCAUCCCAAGGGAUUGCCUUGCAGAGGCAGAAAGGCCUUGCUUCCAUUCACAGAAACAUUGAAAAACAAAUAAGACGGAAAGAAUUACAGGGACUAAAUAUCAGACUGGGGAAUUUAAAAAUUGAUUGGUUCUAGUGUGCUGUAAGUGGGAGGUUUUUUUUUCUCCCUCCGACAGGAAGUGAUUUGCAGUGUUCAGCAAGCCUUUUGUUGAGAAGGUUUUCUCAGAUCAGUGAGUCAUGCUUUAGCUCUGAGCCGGCAGGCAGGCAGGCAGCAGUCAGUAGAGAGUAUUUGCUCUUCCUUCGCAGUAUCCGUGAUCAUCGACAACAUAGACCUUCCUCUGUUCUCUCACUUUUUGGAUUUUUGAAGCCAAAAACCAUCAGCAGCAGCAGCAGCAUCACCGCUGGAAACCAAACAAGCUGCACCACAACACUGGCAGCCUUUGAGAGACCUUUUCUCUCCAUCCUCUUCUUCCUCUGCCUCAAUGCUGCGUUUCCAUGGAUUGUGUCUGUAUAUUUCUCUCUGACGGAUUGGAUUGCAGCUCUGGAUUUCAUUGAGAGCAGAUUGGACUUUGGCGACAGCAGCAGCAGCAGCAGCAGCAGCAGCUCCACACAACCACCACUGUAACCUCAAUAGAGAAAAUUACAGUCAGGUGGCCUGUGAUUGCUAAAAGGCGUUUGCUGCCUGUACCGCUGCUGCUAUGUUACAGGAGAGGGUAAUCAGCACGGCUCAGCCACGUCUGCCAGCACACUUGUGAAAGAGGCAGGCUGUGCGUGUCGGUUGGUGGAGAGAGGGGAGAGAGCAAGAGAGAGAAGGGUAUGCUUCACCGUACCAAAUACAACCGCUUCAGGAAUGAGUCAGUAACAUCCGUCGAUGAGCUUCUCCACGGCCUGUCCAUGAACCCCAAGGUCUCGGCCACCCCCCAGUCUGCAGCCGAGACAUCUUACACACCCCCGACUGACGUCCAGUCCUCCUCCACCACCACUGCUUCCAGCACCCCCACCAGCCACGGCUCUGACCACCUGGAAGAUGGAGGCACCACCCUGUGUACCCUCAUCAACAAGGUGUCCAGCCUGAAAUUCAGCAACUCAGGCAGCUUGUUGGGCAUCAAGGGUCUGCCCUCGGCCGUCAAGGACCUGGCUGUGUCUAAGCUGCAGGUGGGUGGGGGAUCGGGCUCCAGCAGCUCCAGUGGCCCGAGCCCUGGUGCAGCGACAGCAGCAGCGGCAGCAGCAGCAGCCUCUGGUGUGGGCGGCUCUCUGUGCAGCUCGGCCUCCCAUUCAACCCCCUGCUCGCAGCUGGAGCCAGCCGUCAGCAUGAGCAAGAAGAGCAGGCUGGACGAGCUCCAGCCCGGCAGAGUGGACUGGAAUCCAGGUGGAGGAGGUGGUGGACUGGUGAGCAAACCCUCCAGAGGAUGGCUACACUCGAGCGAGAAGAUCUCAGGUCCAGGAGUGACAUACAUUGUGAAGUAUCUGGGCUGUAUAGAAGUCCUUCGAUCGAUGAGAUCGCUGGACUUCACCACAAGAUCACAGAUUACGAGGGAAGCCAUCAGCCUGGUGUGUGAGGCUGUUCCAGGGACCAAAGGAGCUCUGCGGAAGAGAAAGCCACCAUCCAAAGCUCUGUCCAGUAUCCUGGGGAAGAGCAACCUGCAGUUUGCUGGCAUGUCCAUCAACCUAAAUAUCUCCACCAGUAGCCUCAACCUGAUGACCCCUGAUGGCAAACAGAAUAGCAGAGGAAAGAAAGAGCACGUGACCCUCCAGAUGUUUCUAGAAUUACCAAAGGAGAUCAUAGCCAACCAUCACAUGCAGUCCAUCUCCUUUGCAUCAGGUGGAGACCCUGAAACGACAGAUUAUGUUGCCUAUGUAGCAAAGGACCCUGUAAACAGAAGAGCGUGUCACAUCCUGGAGUGCUCUGACGGUCUGGCCCAGGACGUCAUCAGCACCAUCGGCCAGGCUUUUGACCUUCGCUUCCAGCAGUACCUGCAGUGUCCCUCCAGCAAGCUGUCCUCCACACAUGACAGGGUAUUAAACAUGGAUGAGUUACCAUGGACAGAGGAGGAGGAGGAGACAGCAGAACAUCCCUACUAUAACAACAUUCCUGGUAAGAUGCCACCUCCUGGAGGCUUCAUUGACGCCCGGCUGACCAAUCAGAAUGCAGCGGAUGGAUGCCAGAUCGGCCCAGGUUCGGUAGAUCAGACGUAUUACCAGGGGCGGCACUGUGGAGAAAACUGGGGAGAUGAAAGAAAGCCCAUAUUUAUACAACAGGGAUCAUUUGAUAUCAGCAGUCUGCCUGAGAGCAAAGGUCAGGCGUCAAAAACAGGAGAGAUGCCCGCGUACGUGAACACCCAGCAGAUCGACGCCCAGGUGCUCGCGGCACUCCAGGCGGAGGCGGAAAACGUGACCAAGGGUAUGGCAGCAGCGGCCAAAGAGAGCCCGCAGAAGGACCUGUUUGACAUGAAGCCCUUCGAGGACGCCAUUCAGUCGCAGUCCCAUCCGUCGUCCCAGGGGCAGCCCCUGUCCCAGACUUCUGCUCUCCACAAGGCGGCGUCCGUGGACAACUCGAGCCCUCUUCUCGUGCGCUCACUGGCCUUCCGGGCACAGGAGGAGCUGGAGGGCCAGACGUGGUACCACGGCAAAAUGAGCCGCCGUGACGCUGAAAAACUGCUGAAAGACGACGGGGACUUCCUGGUUCGUAAGAGCACUACCAACCCAGGGUCCUACGUACUGACGGGCAUGCACAAUGGACUUGCCAAACACCUGCUGUUGGUGGACCCUGAGGGCACGGUACGGACAAAAGAUCACAUAUUUGACAGCAUUAGCCAUUUAAUUGGCCAUCACCGUGACAACAAUCUGCCGAUUGUGUCCGCUGGGAGUGAACUGUGUCUCCUACAGCCCGUUGGAAGGAAACAGUGAUGCUUGCAAUGCCUGAUGGGAAAUAGGAAGCUCCGGACAGUCUCUCCUACCAUCCUGAAACUUGAAGAUGAAACACGAAGAGAAGAUGCUUAAAGGCUUGAGGCGCUGACGGUGUAUUUGGGAAACUGGCCCGUUGUUACUUUUUGUGGAGGCACUGAAAGACGCAAGAUUUGUUUAAGAUGAAAAAAAAAUUAUUUAUAGAACUGUUAUUAUUUUGUUGUGAUGACUGAAAUGCUAUAUUUUUGAGAAGACAUAGGUGCAUUUGGACAUAAUAUCUUGAUUUGGUGUUUUAAAAGAUAAAAAAAAGAGACAGUUGUUCUUGUAGUUUAGAUGAAGUGCAAAUCAAACCUCAGAGAGGUGUUAACAAGAGUAUUUUAGAAUAAAAAUCCUGAAAUUUUAGUUUUGUCUGUCAAGCACAACCACAUUUCUACAGGAAACCGUUGGCUGAGAGGUCGAGGAAACAAAAAAAAAACAAAAACAGUUUGGACAAAAAAUGCUGUUUGUAACGAAUUACUUUAGAUAAAUGUCCUUUAAUCUCACCAAUAGCGUGACAGCUCACUCAAUUAGUCACUAUAUGAAAUCUGCUUUUAUUGGGGAUUAGAACCAAAUGUGUUUUUGCUUUGCAGUAGUCACAAAGUGUCGGGGUGCAAACAGACAUCCUUCAUAGUGCUGUCAAUGGCUUUAAAGAUCAACCUUUUUUAUGAAGUAUUUUCUCGUGUCACUGCAGUCGCAUGACUUAAAAUCAACCGUUCUUGUGGACAUUGUUCGUAGACCUUGAUGCCCCUUUAUUUCAAAGAGGUGCUUGUGUAUGCUGACACUGUAAAAUAUUUAUGCUUUUCAACCAGUGAUUAUUUCUGAAUUGGUUUCCUCUGGAUUCUUCUUUUAGGUGUGUAGUCGAUGAUUAGUUUCGGGGGGGGCUUGAGUCAUGCAACGGAUAUUCUCACACUCUUGAUUGACAUUUUCGCCUUUUUUUUUUCGUAAAAGUUACCGUCAUCAUUGGAAUCAUCACAAAACGAAUAGCACAAUCGGAGAGUUAGAUCAGUUAGACCCUCCGUGACAGUUGUACCACAACGAAUUAUUGAUGUGUUGAGACGUAAUUUACACACUUUACUUGCGAAUUAGACGAAAUAUUGAGCACUCACUGCAGAAUGUUUGAUGUUCGAUCACAUUCACUUAUUCACGUGUGUGGAUAUCUGAUGGCGAGACUGCUUUAUUGCCACUAGAUGUCAUAACAGAUAUGCUUGUUUACCCCUGUCAGUCACACUCAACUCUCUUUGUGUUAUCACUUGUAAGUAGCAAAAGGAUGCCGGCUGUGUUUUUGCUUUACGGGGGGAAAAUGCAACUCUACAGGUCGGGGCUUAAUUUACAUUUUGCAGUCCACAGUACACAAUCGCUCCUCAGAGCAGUUUGCUGUCUUUGGGUUCAAACGGACUGUUUUUGUAGAGCGGGAAUCAAAAUUAUGAAAACAAAAAAACACACACACACAAAAAACGGCUUCUAGAAAACAGCUCACAGCAGUUAUUGCAACAGAACUUUUUAAAAAAUGCUCUCAUCCUUACUAUUGUCAGUACUCUGAUGGAAACCAAAUGAAUGGGGCAUUGUAUUUGAUAUGCACUGGACCACUUCAAUUGAACCAAAAUCAGCAUGUGUUCAAUGAGUUUGACAAGACAGAUGCAAUGUAAUAUAACGUGCCUGUAUUUUGCUGCAAGAGGGAGUGUACAGUACAUGCAUCUCACAACAACACACAUUUUAGCAAAGAGCAGAAUCAGGAUCUUUAGGUAAUUAUCCAGCACCAGAUUAUUUUUGCUUUCAGGCUUCCUUGACUCCUUGUGUUCCUUGUGAAAGGAAGAUAUUUGGGAUUUUUGACAAAUGUGUAGGACAAAAAGGGCACAAAGUAUCAUUUAAAGGUUUUUUCCUUUUUUUGAACAGUUUCUUGCCAUCAACUUUUCUUAACCCAGUUAUUUGUGACAUAAUUUCAUUAAAUCUAUACGGAUGCCCUGAGAGGCAAAUUAGAAGAACACUUUGUGGUGAUGAGUUUUCUGACGAUAAGUCUGAUCUAAAUUUAAUUUUCUCUCCCAUAUUUUUGACGUAAGAACAAGUGAAAUAAAGGAGUUUGUCAUGAUAAUCUGUCUAAAUUUCCCAGACAUGUUAUUUAAUCUGAGAAACGGGUAGAAAACUUUUUUUGACAGGUAACAAAUAAGAUCAUCUCAACCCAACUGCCAGAGUAACUUUUGGCUUAUUAUUUUACUGCAAGUAUGAGAUAUGUUGAAACUUUACUUUCAUCUUGUGAAAGUGCACUUUGGUUAGGUUUAGGAACAAAAACUGCUCAGUCAGGAUAACGAAAACAUCACGUUUUGUCUAAAAAUACCACAAACACCCCUGGAAAUUGUCCAGUGUUUUCAUGCAAGCAAAUUAGAUUUGGGCUUAGGUAAUGAGCUUUGUUAUGGUUACAGUAAGAAUGUCAGGUUAAGACCAGUGGGUGCAUUUCACCCUCUUGUGGCUGAACAGAGUACUACAACAACAAACACCAAGAAAAAUGAUCCUGACUUCUGACAGAAAAAAAAAAGUUUUCACUGAUGAAAACACAGGGACUUAAAUAAAAAGUCAGUAAAUUCUAAUUAAAUUAAAUCUGGCAACAACAAAAACAUCUGGCCUAUGCAAGAUUAUCUUUGCCAAACCUUUUGUUUGUUCCUGUUCUUAAGUGAUAAACACAGGAGAGAAAACAAGUUCUAUCGGAUCACCAGAAUGUUCUUAAGCUUGUCUCUCAUGGCUUCCAUACAUCUAUCAACUUGGAAGGAAUAAUGCGCUAAAUUACAAAAAAAGAAAAAAGAAAACAACAAACAAUAAGCUAACGUACAAUUCUUUUGGUAUUAGUCUUUUCUUGAAGAGCAAAUUUGUAGUAACCACCUGGGCAAAAGAGAAAAAAAACGCCAUACUUGAAAAUCUCUCUGCUAACACCACAAAUUAGCUGCGUGGCGUGAAAGAAAAAUAAAAACAAAACUAAAACACCGCUGGGACACAAAAAGAGAACAUGGCUUCUUUCCAGAUUUUUCUGUUGAUGAAAAUGUGCCUUUUAUUUGUACAAAUGGUAUUUUUAUUUCUCGUUCUCUCUCUUUCUCUCUCUUCAAAGUGCAAUAGCUGAUUUUCAAUGGGGCAUGCCUGUUCACUAGAGGUUGUGUUUCGCCCUGCUGCGUGUUGCUGCUUGAGACUACUGUUUUCUCUCUCUCUCUCUCUCUAUCUCUCUCUAUCUCUCUCUCUAUCUGUCUCCCCCCCAUCCCUCCCUCCCUCUCUAUUAUAUAUUAUAAAUGUAUCAUUUCCAGAUUCUAAAUAUAAAUGUUUGACGGAGGGAAUCACACAGAAAAACUCACUAUUUUGGAACAGGUAUAGUUAAGAAAAAAAGAAAAAAAAGGAAAUAAAAAACAAAGAAGUCCAAAUGAUGUUUACAAAUUUAAUCUUUUUUGGUUGUAUGGGUUUAUCAUUAUUCUGUAUGACUGUUGGCAAUAAAACCGUGAAUGUGUA